UAAUUUUCUCUCGCACGAUAAGUUUUGUCAAAUCGUUUUGACAGCAAAAUUCCGGAGUUAUUCCAACCAUACGCAUCUUCAUCAUAGUAACCGUAGAGCAUCCAUAAACACGGGUGUAACAUCAAAUCAUAUUUUCGUUCAAUCAUUUAUUUGGUGCGUGUUUUUUAUAGCAAAACCUCUAAAAAAAGUAAAGAAAAGUCCUCCAAAUUUGGUUGCGUUUUUGAGUUAAACCUCAUUCGAACGUUCGGGUGGGCGGCAAAACAAUAUUUUUCACCGAUCGGCGCAGCGGUCCCAACAGUUGUGGGUCGUUUUUUUCGGAUCAACUGGGAAGCAAACAGAUUCGACUUCACUUAAAGUUUGCAGGAGCGCUUUAUAGCGCUGUAACUUUGUAACGGAAACAUGGAGCACGACGUUGUGCGCAGGUACUCGGAUAAUCGUGUUAAAAUUUCUGGAUGGGCCGAAAAAAUUCAACAGUACCCGUACGAUUGUCCCUGGAGUACGGUAGGGCGAGCCGCCUACCGAACGUUCGGGUACACCACCAAACACUUCAUUCCACGCACCAGCACCCAGGCAAUGAGUGAUACCGUCUGGGGCCACUUUCAGCAACGGCAGUUGGCCCAGAAACGGGCGAAGAAACCUCACUGCUCUGAGGUUAAAGUGUGCCCGUACAUUACCAGCUACCAGCAUGACUAUUUCGAUCGGUUUCCAGCGUUCCGCAAGUUGAUGAUGAUAAAUGCGUUGCACAGUGGGCCCGGCAAACAGUAACCCCAAUCCGUUGUGAUACUCUGUCUCUAAAUUGAAAGAUGAUGAUUAUUUAUACCCUCGUGCAUGGAAACUUCCCCAUAUGGUGCGUAGUGCAACGCAGACCAUGGUAACAUUUAAAUCCGAAUAAAGCAUGUCAUUCCAUUUGUG